AUGCAUACUGUUUUGAUAGAACUCCUCGAUGAAGAUUCAACAAAUCCAGCAAAGGAACUUGGCCUUUUGGAGGAAAACCCGGAGACAAGUAUGUUCUUGAUCCAGUUACCAGCAGCUUUGCCAGCGAUUAAAGGAUCAGCUUCUUCUGGAGGCCAAGCUGACAGUGAGAUCUCUUCUAAACCUCAAGGAUCCAUGAAAAAAGUGAAGCCCUGUAAGUUGAAUGAACUACCACCUGGCUUCAUGGGCAAAAUGCUUGUAUACAAGAGUGGUGCUAUCAAGCUGAACCUUGGCGAUACUCUUUAUGAUGUUUCCCCCGGUUCAAAUUGUACAUUUGCUCAAGAUGUUGCUGUUAUGAAUACUGCUGAAAAACAUUGUUGCGCAAUUGGGGAGAUCAGAAGGCGUGUCAUUGUGACUCCAGAUAUAGAUGACAUGGUAGAAAAUCUCACAUUCAUUCGACUAUCCGAAAGUGAUCUUCAAUUCAUCUGA